UGGAAAACAACUUAUAAGUACGCUAAUCACUUCUAUUCACCAUAAAAGUCUAUGUCUCUCUCCUACUCUUUCUCUCUCUAGAAACCUCAGAAGCUUGUUAACCAAACAACAAGAUCUAAUCUUGCAACCCAAAAAACAAAAAACCAAGAUCUAAAGACGGACAGACAAGUGGGUUUUGUGUCUUAGACUCAUGUGAGUGUUUUUUAGCUCCUAACACGCUUGCUUCAGAUUCCCGACUAACAUUUUAGCUCCUUCAUUCUUCAUAACCCAACUUUUUAGUCCUCUGGAAUUCUAUCCAAUCCCAGAUCACUGUUUGAUAUGCUUUUCUUGUAGCUGUGAAAUGGGGUUUUGAUUAAGAUUCUGUCUCUGAAAGAUUGGCAUUCCUUUGAGAUUUCGAGGGCAGAUUAUAGUCAUGUCUGGGGAGAUAGAAGAGCCUGUUGGCUUGAGCUUUCAGGCAGACUCUUUACACUCUGGUUCCAUAUCAUUCGGGCGGUUUGAAAACGAAGUUUUAUCUUGGGAAAAGAGGUCAUCUUUCUCGCAUAACAGAUAUGUUGAAGAGGUUGAAAAAUGCUUGAAACCGGGUUCAGUUAUUGAGAGGAAAGCUUACUUCGAAGCUCAUUUCAAGAAGAAGGGUUUUCCCAAACCAAAUUUAGUCGAGUGCUAUAGCGGUUCAAAUCAUCAAGUCAGUGAAAAUGAUGUCUUGGAGAGUGAUGCGUACAGAGAAGAAUUUGAAGACGGAAAUGAAGAUAAUGGUUGCGCUCAUUUUGAUGAGACCUCGGAGGGUUCAGAGUACCACGGAGACUUUGAAGUGAAAGAAUGUGAAAAGGAAGAUCCUGAAGUUUCAUUGUCUGAUCCUCAGAGGGCAUCCGAGUUGAACGAUGAGCAUAUUCUGGUGGAUAUUAAAGAUGAUAAUCCCGAGGAAACACAUCAAACUGGAAUAGGUUGUGACAUGUUUUCUUCAAGUAUCGAUGAACCAGAGACCGAUGUAAAUGAGAAUCAUAAUGGUGAUGCUGUGAAUGCUGAUGAAUCACAUAAUUCUGUUAAUAUGAACCCCAAGACUGCAGCAGAUGAGGAAGUUAACAUCACCAUUGUGGAAAGUUUGCAUAAUUCUUCUUCAAAGUUGAAGGCUGGAAAAGAAUCCAAAAUUUCCAAGUCCAGAGUAAAAUCUAAGGCCAGCAUUUCUCCGGUUAAGAAAAGCAUUUCUGCUGAGUCGUCUAAAGUUCCUACAAAUAAAUCUAAUACAAGAGAAAGAGAGGGUACACGAAGAGCGGAUAAAGAAAAGCUGUCAUCAAAAACUGCAAUUCCACCUACGCAUUCUGUUCGCAGGACUCCAAAAUCAGAGGAUUCUACAAAACUGAAGGGAAAAUCUGCUCAUGAGAGUCGAAGUGAUAAAGAGUUCUGUGUUAAGAACCUUGGUGAACCUCAACCUCCUGGCGUCAAGCCUGAGUCCAGAGGACGCCAAAUGGAAAACAGGCUUAACCAAAGAGUCCAUUUGACCAAGUCUGAUACAAGAUCAAGUGUUGCAACUUUCAAUUUCAAAAGUUCUGAACGAGCAGAAAGGAGGAAAGAGGCAAGCCCCCAUUUCUUCACGAAGAUGGAAGAAAAAAUGCAUGCCAAGGAAGAUGAGAUGAAUAAGAUCCAAGCAAGAAAGCAGGAAAAAAACGAAGCUGAGAUUAAACAAUUCCGCAAAAGCCUCAACUUCAAAGCAGCACCAAUGCCUUCUUUCUAUCAUUCAGCUGUGAAUUCAGUGCCUGAUGGGAGCAAGGCUGUAUCUACCAAGUCCUCUAAAGUACAAAGCAUGUCAACAAAUCCAGGGAGCGGAGCUACCUCAAGAUUGCCAUCACAUUCAGAGACAGGAAAGUCUAAUGCUCCUACUGAUAGUGAUUCUGUAAACACAACCGAUUUGCCCGAGGCCUCAAGAGAAACUAACUUCAUGAUGGCUGAGCCCUCUGAAGCUAGUUCAGUUUCUUCAACCACAUUGAGCGGCAAAAACUUAUCCCGAGAUACAACAAAAGGUGAAGCCACGAGGAUGAAAGAAAGAGAGAAGAAUGCUAAUACACAGAAACAUCGAUCAUUAGAGAGCGGAAAAAUGGCAAAAAGUCAUAAAACUGAAGGGAAGCAGAAAGUGGGAGGCGAAAGAAACAGCAGAGAGAUGGCAAGGAAGGGUGUGAAAGUCAGCGUCGGCUUUGGAAGCAGUUCAAGAAUGGGUCAUCUAACAGUUGGUGUUGCCUCAUGAAUGAACACCGAGAGACGGAAUAUACUCAGCCGUGCAGGGUGAACCCUGCAAGCCUGAGUUUUAAUGGAAGCAAAGCUUGUAACAAAACAUGUGGGCGAAGAGAGAAUAAUAUAUGGUUGUGCUGUUUGAGGGAGUAGAAAAAUUGGAAUACUAGGCCCUCUUGCCACCUUUACAAAUUAAACGUUUUAUUAAAUUUAUUUAUCUUGUAAUCAAACCAAGUUAUCUUCUAUGUUUUGACACUGCGAACUAUGUAAUAAGCGUGUUUUCCGUGCACUGUGAAUUCUUGUUUUAAUGUCUUCAUAUUUUUCACA